UUCCGUAUCAUGUAAAGUUUUUCUCCCCUGCUGGACGGUCCAUCGCUUCAGGCAACACAUUUGGUGACAAUGCGCGCUAUUCCCGAGGAACUAACUGCGCUUAUUUCAGAUCUCGAACAUUUCCUCAGCGAUGGCUUGAAAGGGGAAAACUUGAGCAAGAAGGCCAAAGAGAAGAGGGAGACCUUCAUCAGACGAAUCAGGGAGGUCAAACAAGGCUUCCCACAAGAUUUCAAGGAAAAAAUAGGCGGAGACGACUCGGAUGACGAGGAGGAAGUUGACAGCAACAAUGACGGAGGGUCGCUGCUGUCGGAGCGCACUGACAAGGAUGAGGAGACCUGCGAAGGUGCCCAGCAGUUGCCCCCUGUGGCAGCUCAGGACCUGUCGUCUGUCUUCAAAGCAGGAUAUCUUGAGAAACGCAGGAAGGAUCACAGCUUUUUUGGCACCGAGUGGCAGAAGAGAUGGUGUGCUCUGAGCCAUCAUACCUUCUACUAUUAUGGCAGCGAGAAAGACAAGCAGCAGAAGGGCGAGUUCAAUAUCGACGGCUACGCUGUCAAAAUGAACAGCAGCUUACGAAAAGACUCCAAGAAAGAUUGCUGCUUUGAAAUUUCGGCUCCGGACAAGAGAGUCUAUCAGUUUUGUGCGUCAUCGGUGAGAGAGGCGAAGGAAUGGGUGAAACAGAUAGACUUUGUUUUGAAAGAUAUGUCAGGCAUCAUCCCAGAAGAUGAAGAGGAGGAACCGGAGAUGUACGAUGACAUUGGACACGCAGUGGAUGCACCUGAGCCUGAGCCGAUCGAUGACGACAUCUAUGAAGAGCUCCCAGAGGAUGACGUGCCCGCUCCAGUGAAAUCUCCUCCAAAAGUCGAGCCAGCAAGCAAACCUGCUCCCCCAGCUGCAGUUGAUAAGAGCACAGACUACCAGAACUACUACCAGGGCUUAUGGGACUGCAUAGGGGACCACCCAGACGAGCUGUCCUUCAAACGUGGAGAUGCCAUCUACAUCCUGAGCAAGGAGUACCAAAGCUUUGGCUGGUGGGUCGGAGAGAAGAAUGGAUCUGUAGGUAUUGUUCCCAAAGAGUACCUGAUGGAGCUGUAUGCUCUGUAAAUACACCCAGACCUCACAGCUGCAAGUUUUGAUAGUCCACUUGCUUGCUAAGUUCAAAAUUUACAACUGGAAGCCGUCAGGGAUUCAUUAAAAGAAACUGAUGCGUCGAAUGCAGCACACUUCAGAGUAUUUUUGUAGAAUACCUGCACUUUGCACUGCUGGUGCUUAUUUAUUUUCUAUUCAAGCUACUUUUUUUUCCCACAAUACCAUUUCAUGCACUGCUUCUGGCAAAUGUGAUGUUUGCAAAUAAAGAUUUAAGCAUGUGUGUUGAA